AUGCAGAAGGUGGUGAUUGUAGGCGCCGGCCCAGUGGGCUCUCUGGCUGCUCUCUACGCGGCUAUGAGAGGUGACGAUGUUGAACUCUACGAGCUCAGAGGAGAUCCGCGCGAUGCCGCAACUGUUCCGUUGAAUUUCACAAAAUCUAUCAACCUCGCGAUUUCCGAACGUGGGCUGAACGCUAUGAAAUCCUCCAAUCGCUCGGGUUUCGUCGAAAAUGUCUUGAGUGAAGCAAUCCCCAUGACAGGUCGUAUGAUCCACGGGCGUAGCUCUACAGGCUCCCUAUGGGAAGCUUCUCAGGACUAUGACGUUCAUGGGAGAUAUAUCAACUCGAUUGAUCGCGGGAUGCUCAACACAACGCUACUGGACGAGCUGGAGAAAGAGCCAAAUGUCAAGUUAUUCUUCAACCACAAGCUCACAGGUGCUGAUUUCAAAAACAAAAAGGCCUGGUUUGAGCGAAAGAAUCCUAGCGAUAGCCCUGGAUUUAGAUCUACAUCCAACGAUGAUGACAAGUCUAUUAAUCUCACCCGUGCUCCCGAACUGGAGGUACCAUUUGAUUUCCUGAUAGGUGCGGAUGGGGCCCACUCGGCUGCAAGAUACCAUCUCAUGAAAUACACCCGUAUGGACUACCAACAGGAAUAUAUUGACUGCUUAUGGUGUGAAUUCUCGAUCGCGCCCUCCAAGGAUAACGACUUUCAGAUUUCUCCAAACCACCUGCAUAUCUGGCCUGGUGGUGACUUUAUGUUUAUCGCUCUUCCAUCUCCAGACAAAACUUUUGUUUGCACCCUAUUCGCGCCUGCUGAACACUUUGCAGCCCUAGAAAGUGAUCCAAAUAUCCUCCUCAAAUUCUUCCAGACCCACUUCCCUGGUGUUUCUCCUGAACUGAUUCCGCCGGAAAAUCUUAUCCAGCAGUUCAACACGAACCCUCACCUUCCGUUAAUCAGUCUCAAAUCUUCUCCUCAUCAUUUUGGCUCUAGCGUCGUCAUACUUGGAGAUGCUGCCCACGCUGUUGUCCCGUUCUAUGGACAGGGCCUUAACGCGGGUCUCGAAGAUGUUAGGGUUUUAUUUGAACACCUAGAUAAACACGGCGUGUAUUCUGCGUCUAAUGCUGAGGAUGGGCAACAAAUAACAUCGCUUCGUGCUAAAGCCCUUGAUGCAUACUCCCGCCAGCGGAUUCCAGAUGCCCAUGCAAUUAAUCAUCUUUCCAGGGAGAAUUUCAUUGAAAUGAGGGCAGGCGUGAAAUCACCGCUAUACCGCAUGAGGAAGGCCCUUGAAGAGGCCCUUUACAAGUACUUGCCUGGGCUUGGUUGGUCUACACAAUAUGCCCGUGUUAGUUUCAGCAAUGAUCGCUACUCGGAGGUAGUAAAAGCCACGAAAAGACAAACAAAUGUCCUCACCAAGGCCAUGCUUACAACGUUUAUUUCCUUCGUUGGAUUUUCCACCAUCGGCUUAUGGAAAUGGCCAUGGUCUAGGGAUAUCAUUACCAAAAUGCUACAUGCUACAUCUAGAAUUGCUAAAGGGGUAGAGCGAUCAUUGGCCUAA